CAAGGUACGCAAGGUUGUUGUUUUUUUUUAAAUGAGGCCAAUUUUCUGAACAAAGUGAUGGCAUCCAUUUUUAAUAAGCUUGACUGUUUGGCCACAUGGCUUCCCUAUUUGCUUGCCGUUUUCUUCUUUGCUGAAAGCAAGAAGCUGCUGGUGAUACCUCAGGAUGGAAGUCACUGGCUCAGCAUGCGCACAAUUGUGGAGAAGCUCAGCAACAAAGGUCAUGCGAUAACAGUGGUGGCACCAGAAUUUAAUUUGCUCUUGAAAGAAUCAAAGUAUUACAAACUGAAGACAUAUGCAGUGCCAUAUACACAGGCAAAUCUUGAUGCUGAAUUUCAGAAAUUUGCAAGAAACCUCUUCCAUGAAGUUUCUUUUCCAUUCACGGUUCUUAAGGAGUAUCAGAACAACAUGUAUGUGAUAAAUAUGUUUUUUGACAAUUGUGACAGUCUUCUGAAGAACAGAGGAAUCAUAAAGUAUCUGAAAGAGAGCCAGUUUGAUGCCAUUUUUACAGAUCCAGCUUUGCCAUGUGGAGUCAUCCUAGCUGAAUAUCUCUCCAUCCCUUCCAUAUUUCUCUUCCGUGGAUUCCCAUGCAGUUUAGAGCAUGCGAUUUGUAAGUCACCAAACCCUGUUUCCUAUGUCCCAAGAUGCUAUACCAGGCAUACAGACCAAAUGACUUUUAUCCAGCGCACGGUUAAUCUGUUUGUCAAUUCUUUAGAGACGUUGCUUUUUAAGACUUUAUAUAACAAAUAUCAAGACAUUGCUUCAGAAUUUCUACAGCGAGACAUUCACUUACCAACACUUUACAGGAAUGGUUCAAUUUGGCUUUUGCGUUACGACUUUAUCUUUGAGUAUCCCAGGCCUUUCAUGCCCAACAUGGUCUUUAUAGGAGGCUUAAACUGUGAAGAAGGGAAAGUCCUGCCCCUGGAAUUUGAAACCAUAGUGAAUAAUUCUGGUGAACAUGGCAUUGUGGUGUUUUCCUUGGGCUCAAUGAUCUCUGAAAUUCCAAUGAAAAAAGCGAUGGAAAUUGCUGAAGGAUUGGGAACAAUACCUCAAACGGUGCUGUGGCGGUACACAGGAGCAGCUAUUCCCAACCUUGCCAACAACACCAAGGUGGUCAAGUGGCUUCCACAGAACGAUCUGCUUGCUCAUCCAAAAGCCAGAGCUUUUAUCACCCAUGCCGGAUCCCAUGGGGUCUACGAGGGGAUCUGCAAUGCAGUGCCCAUGGUGCUGCUCCCCCUUUUUGGAGACCAAAUAGACAAUGCAAAACGUGUGGAAUCUCGAGGCGCAGGCGUGACCCUGAAUGUCAUUGAGAUGACUUCAAAGGACCUCUCUGAUGCACUGAAGGCUGUUAUUUAUGAUAAGAAAUACAAAGAGAACAUCCAGCGCCUCUCAGACCUGCACCUGGACAGACCCAUCCACCCUCUGGAUCUUGCCGUGCAUUGGGUGGAGUUUGUGAUGAGGCACAAGGGAGCGCCCCAUUUGCGACCAGCAGCUCACGACCUCAACUGGAUCCAGUACCACUCUAUCGACGUCUUUGCCUUCCUCCUGGCUGUAGCACUGAUCGCCCUGUUCAUCUCAGUGAAGUGCUGCCUGUUCUGCUGCAGGAAGUGCUUCUGGAAAAGCGGGAGGCUGAGCAAGAAAAGCAAGGCAAAGGCCCAUUAAAGUGAGGCAAGAUGUGAAAGGGGAAGGCAGUUCAAGGGAAUGGGGCCUUCCUGAAGGAGAUCAUGAGUGAUCACUCUUAGCUUACCCCAGGGCCACUUGCCAUUUUUAAAAAUUUUAAGACAGCAACAUACCCGGACUUACGCAAGCCGCUGUUGUGUGCACACAUGCACGCACACCACUCUGACCAAUGCAAUCUGAACAAUGUGUUCUUCGAGACCUGUGCACUUCCAUGCAGAUUCCACUUCUGUAGUUCAUAGAUGCGUUACAGAAUCAAUUAGCUCAGAUAAUUAAUUAUUACAUAGAUGUACAUAGAUGUGUUACAGAAUCAGUUAGCUCAGAUAAUCAGAUAGCUGGUCCUCCACUGCUGGGAUGGGAUUGACAAAUGGGUUACAUUCCAACCUAGGAUCUCUUUAGCACCAUCAAUAUAUAUAUAUAUAUAUAUAUAUAUAUAUAUAUAUAUAUAUAUAUAGGCAGCUGGGGGAGGAGGAGUCUUUUAAGAGGAUGUGAAAGUGUGAAGGAGAAGGCUAGUAAAUGAGCAUAGUGGACUAUUGUACCUUUUGGACAAUUUGACAGAUACAAUUGGUUAUUCAAAGAUGAAAAAUCCUUUUAUAGGAACACUUCUCAGCUAGUCACUCUGGAAGGAGAAGUGAAUCCUCUGUGGCUGUUUGGGGCUAAAAGUGGGUUCUAGACCUGGAAAGUUUGAACUGGUGAACGCUACUCAGUUGAACAAUUUAGUUGAUUUUGUAUCUAGGAAUAUGAGCUAUUGGUGACGAAAAUCAGUAUUAUCUAUCAGUGUAAUGUAAUUGGCUCCCACUCUAGGUGCUUUCAAAGUACAAUUGACUUGAAGACAGCCUUUGCUGCCAUUUCAACUGUUUAGUGCUCUUCAUUUAAAUGAAUUAAUUUAGGAAAUCCUGAAAUGUGCACAAGAAGAUGUUAACAGAGACUUUUAAUAAAAGAACAGCAUAGAAAAACUAGAAAUAAAUAA